AUGUCGUCUCUCAAAGGCGAUGACUUCUUCAUCUCCGGACUCGCCGCGUCGCACGACGCCUCCCAGCUGAAGGGGAAUGUCGUCGCUGUCGAUGCGACCUACUACCUGCGCCUCCUUCUCGAACGCUCGCACGAACCCCUGAUUCCCGCCGUGGGCGGCCCCCUCGCUCUCGAGGAUUGCAUCGAGGUCGACCUGAACAAGUGGAAGGCCAAUGACUGCACCCCCUUCUUCGUUUUUGACGGAUGCCCGGUGAAGGGCCAGGAUGAACUCUCGCUUGAACUCGGCCGGGCUGCGAACGUUGGUACAAACGCCGCAUGGGAGCUAUAUAACAACGCACAGGCUCAGCCUGCUGUCGAGACCUUUGGGCUGCAUUCUGGGGCGUAUCGUCUAGAGUCGUUCUACCCGACCCUCCAGAGCAUCCUAAGGAGACGCGGCCUCCAUUUCUUGGUGCCGCCUUUCAAGGCUGUCGCGCAGAUUGCCUAUUUCUCCAAGGUAGAGCAGAUGUGUGGUGCAAUUAUGGGUCCCCGGGAGUUGCUCCUUUACCCCAUCUCCGACGUCCUCAUCCAAGCCAUCGACUGGGACAGCAACAAAUUUCUGGCUGUGGACAAAGACACGCUGAAGCGCCACCUCAAUGUUGAUGACUCCAUUCUUGUCGACGCCCUCCUUAUAACGGGGACAUCAUUCCUGCCACCGUUUCCAGCCAAGACUCAACAGCAAGCUCCAAACACUGUUAGAGACGCGGUGAACAUGCUGAGGACUAAUGGCAAGCACGUGAAGCAGGUGUGCCAAGCUUUUGAUGACAUACUCAAGAGCCAACAGCCUGACUGGUUCGACAAGUACUGUAAGGCGCGCAUGAUCGUCGACCACUUCAUUUACAUAGGGUUGAACGGCGCCGCGGAGAUCGAGGCCAAGGACACCUUGACAGAGGAUUCUCACGAGUACCUGGCUCUGCGUCUUCCUGACGAGCUCCACCACUACCUCAACACUGGCCUCAUCGGGCCUCGCUUACUCAGCUACCUCACGCACAGCAGGAUCACGAUUCUGCCAACCCUGGAUGGUGUCUCAUCUAGCGAGUACAGACAUCUUGUCACCCAGGCGCUGAUGCCGGUGAGAGAGCUCGCACUCGGUCUGGUGGUACCGAGGCUCCACCGCGGAUUCCACUUCAAGGACAUUGAAGUCAAGGAUUGGUUCUCCGACCCGGGACGGGCUGCAAUAAUACGGAACAGCACUUUUCGAACCCCGAGCCCCAAGGUUGCGACUUGGGGCAUCGAAGAGAAAGCAGUCAAGGAGCAGUUCCCAUCGUGGAGUCUCUCGGCACCUGCCUCAAAAGACCGCUCGGGAUCUAUCGCCUUCGAAGUCUCUGCUCUGCAGGCGCCUGGCUUUGCUAAGGCAACGGUUGGCAAGGGAGGCAGCAAACCCAAGGGUAUCGACUCUCCACAUCACAUCAUAUCUACGGCCAUAUGGCGAUUCCUGCACCUGCGGGAGUACGUCGACGACUCGCACGAGCUCACAUCCUGGGGCAAGGCUCUGGCCACGGCCAUUUCUGAGCUUGAAACCACCGUGAAGAAGUACCCGGACGUCACUGGGCUCCAUGAAGCGCUGCUCCUGGCAUUCGAACUCAUCAGACUCGAGCAGCUCAACGGCAAGCCGCGUCAGGACGAGGGCGAUGUUGACCCGUCGCUACUCCUACUUAGUCGCUCUGCUGUCCUAUUAAAGCUCAGACACGAAGCUAUCGGCUACACGGGCCCCCUUCGCAAGGACAUGCUCUCAUUUGCCUCCCAGGUGUCAGCUGUCCGCGACGCAGACCGGGAUCUGGUGGAGGCUAUUCUAGUGCAAAUGUUCUUGAACAACCAGACCGAGAGAAAGCGAGAGCCUGCUGAAUAUUGGGACAUCAGUAAUGCGCUUCCAUUCGUCAACCGAAACUACAACGCCGCGAUGGGCGUUGCCAUCAGGACCUACCUUGAGAUGGAUUCCGACGAGAAUCGCGAUCUCGACAGGUUCUCGAGUCUGUACUUCCCCAAAGCCAAGGCCAUUCGAGAAGACGUUGAAGUCUUCUGCGAGUUUUUUAAGGCUUUGGUCACGGGCAUCAAGACCUUGGACCAGCAAACAACGAAGGACGUCUGGGUCAAGGCCCAAGAGUACCUUGAGUCUCGGACGCAAUAG